UCCAUUUCUAGAAGAGACCGAAUAUCAUACUUGCUGAACAUGACAGGACAAACUCCACAACAGACAAUGCCAAUGAAUGACAGCUACACAAACCAGACUUGCGAUGUUUUCAUCUACAAGGAGUCUGCUCGGGUCGUCUUUCCCAUUUUUUAUUUCCUGAUAUUUUUCAUCAGCUUGGCAGGUAACAGCCUGGUCCUCUACAUCACCUGUCAGAAAAAACAAAAGAAGAUGAAUUCUACCACGAUAUAUCUGAUCAACCUGGCCAUCUCCGACACCCUCUUUACCUUGGCUCUUCCUGGCAGGAUCACCUACUAUAUCCGAGGCUUCGACUGGCCUUUUGGCGAUUUCUUUUGCCGGCUAACUGCCAUGGUCUUCUAUUGCAAUACCUAUGCUAGCAUUGCCUUCAUGACCUGCAUCAGUAUAGAUCGAUACCUGGCCAUGCUGCACCGUCAGAGGUGUCAAAGGCUGAGGAAAACCAAAGUCGUACGGGGUAUCUGCAUUCUGGUAUGGGUGGUGGUUCUUCUUGAGACGUCCCCUCUGCUCUUCAAAAGCACCCUGGAAUAUCGAUCCAGUCAUCGAACAUGCAUGGAGUUCUCCAAUUUUGAUAGCUACAAGAUGGCAAUAGGUCUUCUGUUCGCAUGCGUCGUAGGGUUUUGCUUUCCACUGGGACUCAUCCUGUGCUGCUACAGUCAGGUCAGCUGCAAGCUCUACAAGACGUCCAAGGAAAACCCAGUGGCCAACAGGUCUGGAAGCAACAGCAGGGCCAAAAAUAUGAUCCUGAUCAUUCUGCUAAGCUUCGUGGUGUGUUUCAGUCCCUAUCACAUCACCAUCAUGCAGUUUACCGUGAGAAGGCUGUACAAUGUGCCCUCUUGUGAUGAGUUAAAGACUUUGAAAAUGGUCCUACAGGUAACUGUUGCCAUGAUGAACUUUAACAGCUGCCUUGACCCUAUUAUUUACUUUUUUGCCAUCAAAACAUACAAGAAGAGAGUCAUGAGUCUUUUUAAGAGCUAUAUUUCCAUUCCAGCAUCCUCCAGGAGCAUUCAGGAAAACAGUAGUAGUAAUACAUGAGGGCCAAAAUUUUACAAUGAAAAAUCUGAUGCAGACUGCAGAGGAAGUGUCUGCACACGUGUGGUUGGAUAGGUGUAAACUGCACAGUUUCCAUACCUUAUAUUUCUUAACAAAUGGCAUUCCAUUCCUGAUUAUUGAUGGUCUUUGAGUCAGUUAUUUUGUUUUAGGAUUUUUGCCCACAUUUUGUAUAAAUUUAGGUCUUUAUGAUUAAAAUUAAGUCUAAUAUGAAUUUAUCACUCAUGUACAUUUAUAACUGAAUAAGGUUAAUUUCUUUGUGUAAUAUAUUUCUUUAAAUGAUUAACAUGCUGUUGGACUUUCUUUUUUCUUUUUUAAUUGGUCAUGUAGUACUGCCAUUGAUGUCUAUUCAGAAAAUGAAAUUCAGAGAUUUAAAAUGAACAUUUUAACACACACAAAGGUCAAGGAAGCUAGAAGAAAUUCUGAGUAAUAAUGGAUGAUUAGGUAGGUGUAUGUAAAUAUCUGUUGACAUUUCUGUAAGCUGCUGUGUAAAUACUGUGUUUUGCUUUAAAGGCGCUCAAAAUGUGUGGGUAACAUUUUGGGCAAUACCUAUAACAGCAUUUUCCAUUUGGGAAUUUAAUGUAACUGUCAGUUGUGCUAAACAGCUUUCUCUGAAUACCAA